CCCCAUGCUACCUCCUGCCGGCACUUCCACCUGGGUCCCCAGCCUCAGCUCUCUGCCGACUUCACCCUGCCUCACGCGGUGCAGCCCCAGCCGGGGCUGACCCCCCACAUGGCCCCCGCGCACCAGCACAGUGGUCCCCUGCACCAGCCCCUGGCACCGGUGCCAGCCCUGCCCUUCCAGGACGUGGCCGGACCCUCCUUCCUACCUCAGGCGCUUCACCAGCAAUACCUCCUCCAGCAGCAGCUCCUUGAGGCACAGCACCGCCGGCUCAUGCCCCAUCCCAGGCGGGCUCAAGAGCGCAUGUCCGUUCAGCCUCACCGACUACACCCCAGCUUUGACUUCAGCCACCAACUGCAAACUCCACAACCCAUGGGGCCCCAGCCCAGGUACUUAGCCGAAGGCACAGACUGGGACCUCAGUGUGGAUGCAGGACUGACUCAUGCCCAGUUCCAGGUCCGGCCGGUCCCUCAGCCCUAUCAGCAUUACUUAGCUACACCUCGGAUGCACCAUUUCCCCAGAAGCACAUCCUCGACACAGAUGGUUGUUCACGAAAUCAGAAAUUACCCUUAUCCUCAGCUUCAGCUGCUUGCUCUUCAGGGACUGAACCCAAGCAGGCACACAUCCGCUGUGCGGGAGAGCUAUGAAGAGCUGCUGCAGCUGGAGGACAGGCUGGGCAGCGUGAGCCGGGGUGCCGUCCAGAACACCAUUGAGAGGUUCACCUUCCCCCACAAGUACAAGAAGAGAAGACCGCAGGAGGGCAAAGCUGAGCAAGAGGAUGGAGAAGAGUCAGACACCGACGAGAAAUGCACAAUCUGUCUGUCCAUGCUUGAAGACGGAGAAGACGUCAGGCGGUUGCCCUGUAUGCAUCUCUUCCACCAAGUGUGCGUGGACCAGUGGCUGGCCACCAGCAAGAAGUGCCCAAUCUGCAGGGUGGACAUUGAAACACAGCUCGGCUCGGAUAGCUGAAAGGACUGGCUGGACACACCAUUUUCCUUACCAGGAAAGCAAAAGAAAGACACCGAGGAGCAAGGGCAAUUAGUCAGGAACAUUAUAUACUGAAAGUGCUGGUGUGGCGGGGAUGAUUUCUGGCUCCCCUGAGCAUCUGUUUGGCUGGAGCCAAGAGGUGCUCUCCAAGUAAGAACAAUCAUAAAUCACCAUCGGAGAGACUGCGGGAUUCCCGUGAGCUGUAGUUGGAAAAUACCUACUUCAGAGACACCCCAGAGAUCUUUUUCUUCCCAGAUGGAGAAGGGAGAGAAAGAGGGGAGCCCUGCUGGGUGCAAGGGUGCAGGAGCCCCUCUCUUCCUGUGCCCAUGCAGGUAGGAGGGAAUGGAGGAGGACACAUGGUGGCAUAUCGGGAAGAUAGAAGGAGGAAAUCUUUUACAGUGAGGGUGGUGAGACACUGGCCCAGGUUGCCCAGAGAGGUGGUAGAUGCCCUAUCCCUGGAAACAUUCAAGGUUGGGUUGGACAGGGCUUUGAGCAACCUGUUCUAAUUGAAGAUGUUCCUGCUCACGGCAGAUGGUUUGGACUAGAUAACCUUUAAAGGUCCCUUCCAACCCAAACUAUUCUGUGAUUUGAUGAUUUUGUGAUAUAUUUGCCACCCAGAGCAAGUGAUGUCUUCUUGGGGGAUGUUUUGAUCCGAGCCCUGAUGUCCACGGGUCAAGGAGUAAUCCAUCGAUGCCUACGGGGCUUGCUCCAGCAGCAGCAGAUUGAAGCAGCAUUAAAAAUAAUAAAAAUAAUACUAACAAUACGGACAAGCAAAGCAAGGCUUUGCUGGUAAAAUACACUGUAAUCUGGUCUGGUCUGUCCAGGCGUGAGCUGGGGAUGAAAUGGGGAGGAACGGGGUAAUUGAGACCCUAGCCCGGCAGGGAGGGGUGGAGGAGCGCUUCCAAACCGCGCGUUUUCUUAAAGCCUAUGCGAAAGUAUUACUAUUUGCCUAACGAACAAGCACAGUUUUUAAAAAAAAAAUAAAAAAAAAAGCAAAACAGAACAAAAAAAAAAAAAAAAAACAACCCUUGGUGAAGAAAAGCACCAAACUCCCGUGGUCUCGUGUGAGUGACUGAUCCCGAGGUGCGUGCGAAUUCACAGCGUCUGGAGUUGCAUCGGUGUGUCAGGUUCCUUUGCGUUUAAAUAAUUUGUACGAGUAGGUUGCGAUAAUAGGGUGAGUCUAAAAACAAACAAACAAAAAAAAACCCGAAACAAACAACAAAAAGUCUCUAGGAACAAAACAUUGAUAGUUUACAGGGUUUUGUGAGUUUAAAUGCCUUAUAUUUAACAAUCAUAAUUUAUGACUAACUUGUAGAUAUUGUGGGUUCUUAUUUAAUUAUUUUUAUAGUUGUUUUUUGCAUUUUUAAUUAUAAUUUAUUUAUUUAGAAAUUAAUACUAAUUUUUUUUAUUACUCCUAUUACCUCAUUUUUGCAUUGUUUCUGGGAAUGGAAUGCUUUGCAUGCAUCGGUACUUUAAAAAAAAAAAAAAGAUUAAACAUGGGAUGUGGGGGUAAUGCUUAUCUUGUCAAAAAAAAAAAAAAAAAAAAAAAAAA